AUGGAGCUGAACGAAGAUCUGCGACGGCGGCUGACUAAACCGAACCUGUUGCCUGCCAAAGAUGGCUAUGAUCUAUGUGCUAGAAUUUACACUUUUGUCGUUAAACCGGAGAAGAUCACUCAGUUCACGACCGAACUUUGUCCGGGACGACAGAACAUAAACAAGGUCAUGUAAGUUUUGUGGCAGGGUACAAAUUGCUUUUUUGGGGGAAAGGGGUGGAUAACCUAAGUUUUUGAUCUAUUUUUCAAAAUUUAAACCCGAACUUCUGUUUUUAGGUAUAAACUAGUAUUCUAAAGGCUUUUUGUUGCCUAUUCAAUCAUAGGGUUUUAAUACGAUAGAUUUAUAAUAUAUAAAAUGGCAUUUCAGGCUAAUAACAGGCAAUACCUCGGCAGAGGAAUUGUUCAAUAACGUCUUGGAGCCGGACAAGCCCGACGUGGGAAUUCUCGAUUUAGAUAACAAAGAACGGUAGGUUUGGUAUUACCUGUUUUAGGGAGAGUGGGAUAGAAUAGGGUAGGGUAAGGUAAGUUAGUGUUGAGUAGGGUAGAAUAGGAUAAGGUAGGGCUGGGUAGGGUACUGGAGAGUAGGGUAUUAGAGGGUAGGGUACUGGAGUGUAGAAUAAGGGAGAUCAAGGCAUGAUUUUUACUAUUUUUCUUUAGAAAUAGCUUAUCUUUUACUUUCAUGCAUUUUUGACGAAAUGUCACAAAAAUUAUUGGAAAAAUGUUUUUUUAUUGUUUUGGAUUGUAAUGCCAUUUUUAGACGUGCCUUAUGCAAAAAUUGGCGUUUUUCGACUUUUUUGUCUUUUUGACGAAAUGUCACAGAAAUUAUUGGAAAAACAUUUUAUGGGCGAAAUGUCACAAAAGUUCGUUUUUAAUUCACAAAAUGUCUAUAAAGUUUAAAGAACCUUUAUUUUUGGCAUUUCAAAGCUAAGAAACCUCAAAAUUUUAUAAAAACUCGAUUUAAAAGUGACAUUUUUUCAUUUUCAGGCACACCGCACUGACAUUUGCUUUCCAACAGAAGGCAUUGUUUAGUUUUAUCUACAAACACUACAACCUCAGGGCCUACUUUACUGAUUCUCAUAUGCUUGUGGAGGACUGCAAGUCACGAAAAGUGAUUUUUGUUAAUCUUGAUGGUCAUACAGGUAGUCUGCCGCAAGAUAAUGGCCACUUUUUCUGUGAUAAGGCCAUUGGCACCACGGAUACGGGCGAGCUUUGGCUGAGCAAAGGGAAUUGCAAGGACAUGAGUGAUGGAAUAUUGAAGGACACCACUUGUAACGACAUCAAUUCGUUGUAUUUGCCUAUGGUAAGGGAGUUAUCUUGCUAUAGGUUAGGGUAUUUACUAGAGUAAAGCUAGAGGGACGAUCAACUAGGCAAAGUAGGGUAGGGUAGGGCAGGGCAGAGCAAAGUAGGGUAGUGUGGGGUAAAAUACGGUAGCUAGCUACAGUAAAUACAAAAUGCCAUUACUUAACUCUUGCCUAUAAAAAAGCUUACUGUAAUAUCUAAACAUGAAGUGUAAAAUACGAUAACUUAACUAUUAUGAAUGAUUUUAAAAUUUAAUUUUUUUUUCAGGAAGCACUCAGAGAUCAAGGAGCUCCAUUAUCAGAUUUCGAGGUCGGCGACGAGUACUAUGCCAUGUUGUUCCGGUAAGUGGGCAAGACUAUGACAAUAUAUCGAUACGACUUUAUAACACAUGGUAACAUAUUUUUAUAUAAGCUGGUCGAUUUUUAGGUAGUUUGUAAAAAUAUAAGGUGCCACAUAAAGAACCCGCCAUACGUUUCCUGUAAUGUCCUGUAAAAAAUGGCGGGUUCUUUAUGUCGGUACCUAAUAUAAGCGAUUUUAAAGUUUUAAAAAAAUAAUUUUAAUUUUUCAGGGUCACAGCAUCUAAAUCAUAUACGUAAGUUUGUCUUUAGCUCUACCCAUAUCUUACUCUUCCGUACCCUACUCUACCCUGACCUACCAUAACCUACUUUACCGUACUCUGUUUUAUUCUACCCUACCCCACCCUACUAUAUUUUCUUAUACUCCCCCAUUUCCAAAUGGUCUCUACUCUACCCUAUCCUAGUGUACCCUACCCCUUUCUACUACACUUUCCUCUACUAACCACCAAUUUCCAGGCUACUCAUAUCCCUACUAUGCGCCUUCAUAGCGGUUGGUCUUCUCAUAGUAGCAGUCGUGGUAGGAGUAACGAUGUAUCGUCGAAGGAAGCGAAAGAAGAAAGCUCACAAAGAAGCAACGCUGCUAUCCAGCUACCUCGCCUCGCUCUCACCGGACAGUAUUGACAACACCCCCGAGGCCAAGGCCUACCCCGCCCCACCGCCCCCUGAUACAGUAACCGACGCUUCGGAAAGGUCUUCCAAGGCCAAGAACAGAGAUAAAAACAAGGAUAAGGACAAGGAUAAAGAUAAGUGCAAAGGCAGGAAGAAGGUCAAGGAUAAGAUCAAGAAGGACAAGGUCAUAGACAAGGAGAAGAUCAUAGAGAAGGACAAGACCACAGACAAGGAUGAGAGCACGGACAAGGAGAAGACACCAGAAACUGGCAAUAUAAACCAGCUCGAGGCAUGGCUCAACAAGGAACGACAACAGAACGACAAGGGAAAAACAGAAGGAGAACAGUCCAGCUGCGUCAGCCAGAACACUACCUACGAAGUAGGAAUUUGA